AAAAAUGAUUAAAACAAGGAAAAGACAACGCGUGAAAGAUGAAUUAAAUGGUGAAUUAAAUAGUGAUAUUGAAAAUGAAAAAAUUGAAAACAAAAAAUUAAAAAUAGAGAAUGAAGAAACAAAACAAAAAGUCAAAAAACAAUUAAAAAAUAAAGAAAAAGAAGAGAAGCAACAACAAUUUAAUGAAGAAUCGAAAAUUCAACACGUUAUUCGUUUGUCUAAUGUUCCGUAUGGAUUUUUUGAGAAGGAAAUGAAUGGAUAUUUUAGUCAAUUUGGUGAUGUCAAACGUGUUCGCGUUAUUCGGAGCAAAAGAGGUCAUCAUACAGGCUUUGCCUAUGUUGAAUUCAAAAAUGAAAAAGUAGCAGAAAUAGCUGCAAAAUCAAUGAAUAAUUAUUUGUUGGCGGAAAAGAAGUUGAGAUGUUCUGUUGUUGAUCAAGAUAAAAUACCUAAAUGUAUAAGGGGUGGAAAGAGAUUUGGAAAUAUUAUUGAACCUGGAGAGAAUCGUUUGAAGGAAACAUUGAAACGUUUAGAGCCAAAAAAUGAGAAACAAGAACGCAUUCGUUUGAAACGUUUUACCGAACAAUUACGUGAGAAAAUGUUGAAAAUUAAAAAUCUUGGGAUUAACUAUGAAUUUAAUUUUGAACAAAAGUUGGAUAAUUAUCUGGAAAAGAAUGGAAUUGACAAAAAUGAUUUGUUUAAAAAUUAA